CAGUUUAAUAUAAAUGGACAUUACACUGGCUUUUGCGUCUAUUUAGCUAUUGCCACAGUUAACAAGCAGAAAACCCCAAUAGUAAGGACAAAGAUUUCAGAAAGUUGCAAUGGCCCACCAGGCACUAGAGGAUUUAAUAUUUAAACAUAAGGGCAUAUACUUCUUGAAAGACGUGACAACUCCCGAAGUUGUAGAUUCUAUUGAACAUAUGGAGGUUCGGGACAGUGACGUGUUUCUUGUCACCUACCCAAAAUCCGGCACAAUUUGGGCACAGCAAAUUUUGAGCCUAAUAUUUAAUGAAGGCCAUCGUAAUGAAACCGAAAAUAUUGAUAAUAUAGAAAGAGUGCCAUGGAUUGAAUACAACAUUUACAACGCUGACUUUAGCAUCCGACCAUCUCCUCGUCUUUUCUCAUCUCAUCUGCCUUAUUAUCUACUGCCAAGAGAUCUGAGGUCCAGGAUUGGAAAAGUUAUAUACGUGUACCGAAACCCAAAAGAUGCCAUGGUCUCCUUUUACCACUUCUACCAAUUGUUUUCCAAAUUAAGUUAUCCAGUUGAUUUUGAAACAUUCGCAGACUUCUUUAUGUCUGGAAAAGUUAUAGGUGGCUCGUGGUUUGAUCAUGUUAGAGGCUGGUAUACACAUAAAGAAGAUUUCAAUAUUCUGUUUUUGACAUAUGAGGAAAUGAAAAAGGACCUUCGAUCGGUUGUGCUGAAAAUAUGCAAAUUUCUGGAUAUAAGACUUGAGGAGAAAGCAAUAGACAUAGUGUUGGAAAAAGCAACUUUUAACAAUAUGAAGUGCGAUCCUCAUGCUAAUUAUUCAUUUUUUCCGAAAGAGAUUCUAGACCAAAGCCGAGGAAAAUUUCUACGUAAAGGGACUAUUGGUGACUGGAAAAAUAUGAUGACCGUGGCACAAAAUGAGAAGCUGAAUCAAAUCUGUAAAGAAAAGCUGGGAGAUCUGCCAAUCAAGUUUGUCUGGGACAUCAAUGAAGAGACUGCAUCCUAGAGUUCCAUUUGUCCAUAAAGUUAGAAAUGAUAGGCUUUAGAAUGCGGCAUAAACUAAUCAGAAGACUUUAUUAAGGGAAUGUGUCAAAUUACUUUUUUCUGUCAUUUAAACCAGAUAGUGACACACAACCUUUUUUUCUAAUCUGUUUUUCUAAUUUUGUUAUCACAGAUUUCUUAAUUCCAUU